GUCACACCUCUCUCCUUCCCCCUUCGUCCUCCUAUCUACUACCCCAGUAUGUCUCCCGACGAAAUUCCACCUCCUCCGCGCAAGAGGGUCAUCAUGAUCGGCGUCGGAGGCGCAACCUGUUCGGGGAAAACGACGCUUGCCAAGUACUUGAAGGGUAUCUUACCCAGGAGUUUGCUUGUGCAUCAGGACGACUUCGCACCUCCGCGAAACCAGAUCCUCAUCCACCCCAUUUACAAAAUGCAAGACUGGGACGCACCCGCUGGAGCUAUCGAUUGGCCUCGCCUACGCCAGGGACUGCAGUAUAUAAAGGACCAUGGGCGGAUGCCGGAGGGACAUAAGAGCCAUGAUCAUCUGAAUGUGCAGGAGCUUGUUGGGGUGGACGCUGGGGUAGUGGAGAGAUGGAGGGAGCGAUUCGCCGGUACGGACGUGGGCGCAUGGCACGGGGAAGGACAGGCACAGGGGGGAGAGAUCCAGUGGGUCCUCGUGGAUGGCUUCCUCAUGUACUGGGAUCAAGCAGUCAUCGACCUGCUCGACGUCCGGCUCUUCCUACGCGUCCCGCGGUCCGAGCUCGCGCGCCGCCGACACGCCCGACACGGGUAUCAUACUGCCGAACAAUUCGAUUAUGCAGAGGGGACGCUCUGGCGCGACCCGCCGUAUUAUUUUGAACAGAUCGUUUGGCCUGCGUAUUGUGAGGCCCAUGCAGCGCUGUUCGUGGAUGGGGAUGUGGAGGGGAGGUUGAAGGAGGGCGAGGGGGUGAAAGUCGAGGGACUGGUCGAGCUGGACGGGGGGAGCAACCCAGGUGAUAUGCUGGAGAAGGCGUGUCCUAAGAUAUGGGAAGUGUUGACUCGGCAGAGGGAGAUUGUACUAGACUAGAAUAGACAAUGAGAUU